CUUCCCAUCCGAGUCCACUACCCUCCGUCCAAGAACCUUCUUCUCCCCUCCCAGUCCCAACCUCCAGAGCAAGCAUGGCUCCGAUCGGCGUCGGCAGCACCCUCCCCGACGGCCAGCUCGCCUGGUUCGACGAGAGCGACCAGCUGCAGCAGGUCUCCAUCCACUCCCUGGCCGCCGGCAAGAAGGUCAUCCUCUUCGGCGUCCCUGGGGCCUUCACCCCCACCUGCAGCAUGCAGCAUGUACCAGGUUUCGUUACUCAGUCUGAAGAGCUUAAAGCUAAGGGUGUAGAUGAGAUCCUGCUUGUCAGCGUUAAUGAUCCAUUUGUCAUGAAGGCAUGGGCGAAGUCAUUCCCAGACAACAAGCACGUGAAGUUCCUUGCUGAUGGAUCAGGAACUUACACAAAAGCACUUGGUCUUGAGCUUGAUCUUUCAGAGAAAGGUUUGGGUGUUCGUUCGAGGCGGUUUGCUCUCCUUGCCGACGACCUCAAGGUCACUGUUGCAAACAUUGAGGAGGGUGGCCAGUUCACAAUCUCUGGUGCUGAGGAGAUCCUCAAGGCACUGUAGGAUCUUCAGCUCUUCUGAACCGCAGUGAUCAUGUGGACCUGGUGUCAUAUCGAUCUAGUUUGAACAUGUGUGCCAAUUCCUCGAAUAAAUUGUCGAUGUGCACUUCCUCAUGUAACUUUAUGUGACUAUUUGAGUUGAUCAUCACUGUUCGGUCUA